AUGGAAAGUGGCAGUCGAAUUUCCAGACCAACUCUUAAUCAAGUGAAAGCAGUGGUGGAAUAUAUGCAAAAGCAUCCAGACUUAGCAAAGAAACAUAGAUAUGGUGUUAGCCCUAAAAAGUUCAAAAAACUUUGGUUGGAGUUGACUAAAAUUGCUAACUCUAUAGAUGGUACAAAAAAGUCUACAGAGGGAUGGAUCAAAUUUUGGUCAGACAAAAGGAGAAGUAUUAUAGUUAAAAAAAAACAAAUUGAAGAAGGAAAAAUCCAAGGAAAACUUUUGCCAAUGGAACAGAAAAUACUAGAUUUGUGUGAAGGCACAACCUGCUCCAGAAGAAAAAGUGAGGUUAAAGAAGAACCUUCUAAUGGUGCUGAUGAUGAUUCUUAUAUAAACAAUUGUGAUGACUCUUCAGACAACUUCAUCUCUAAUGAAACUAUCGGAAAACAAAUAAACAUAUUGGCAAAUUUGGUGGAUGUUAUGGGCCAGCAAUCAUCAGCUAUGUUGCAAGUAGCAAAGGCGCAGCUUGACCACUCUAAAUCUUUGGAGCGUUUUGCAGAAGCUUCAUACUUACAGGCUCUUGCUGUGGACCGCAUAGCUGAUACUUUUGAAAACAUUAGUUCAUCUGUGCACGAAGUUGGAAAUGCCCUUCUAGGCAUUGGUUACACAAUGAAUAGAGGUUAUCCCCCAGCAGCACCACAGAUACGACAAAAUUCAAAUAUAUUCAGUUAA